ACCGUUAAAUCAGUAGAACGUGUAGUGCAAUCGAAGUUAGAAGAAUAGAAGUGCAUAACCGUUAAAUCAGUAGAACGUGAAGUGCAAUCGAAGUUAGAAUAAGAGAAGACUGUCUCCCAUUAUAAUCAAGAAGUUAUAAUUCACUAUGUUGCUAAGGAUUUUUUCCGAAACUUAUAGAUUUUCACGCAACAUAGCUUUUCGAUAUUAUAGUGCGAAUCCGAUAAAAACUGUCAAAGUGCAAGUGCGUCAAGGUGUCGUAGUGGGCCGGGAGGAACGACUACCCAAUGGAGAACCCUACAAUGUUUUUCAAGGAAUACCCUAUGCAUUGCCGCCACUGGGAAAUUUACGAUUUCAGCCCCCUGUGCCAUUAGAGAAAUUCGAAACGCCGGAGUUAGAUUGUACAAAAAUGAGAGAAUGUUCUUGGCAACGAGAUCGUCAGACGAAAAAACUUGUUGGUACGGAGGACUGUCUACACCUGAAUAUUUAUGGACCUGUCAAGCCUACAAUUCAAAUAUUGCCAGUUAUGGUGUGGAUACACGGUGGAGGAUUCUCAUAUGGUCAUGGUCAAGAAUUUCUGCCGCUCAGCCUAAUGAUGGAGGAUAUAAUUGUGGUAUCUAUAAAUUAUCGACUCGGCGUAUUGGGAUUUGGUUGUUUGCCAGAGGCUGGAAUUUGGGGUAAUGCCGGACUCAAAGAUCAGCGACAAGCUUUGCGUUGGGUACAAGAAAAUAUUGUGUGCUUUAAUGGUGAUCCAGGCAAUAUUACCUUGAUAGGGCAAGGCGCUGGUGGUGUUUGUGUAAGCUUGCAUACUUUGGGUUGUCAUGCAAACAAACUUUUUCACAAGGCAAUCAUGCAAAGUGGUACUGCAAACCAGGAAUGGGCAUUUCAACGGUCACCGCAAGAAAAAAUGUAUCGCUUAAAUAAGUUGUUUGGCUGUGCAUCGAAUGAUCCGAGGAAAAUGCCAUCACCGAUAGAAGCACCUACUGAGGCGAUUUUGAGCAAAACGAACUCUCUACUUUUACCAGAUGAACGACGACGUUCUAUACAGUUCCCGUUAGGACCUGUACUGGAAGAUUCAAAUAGUCCAGAUCCAAUUGUUAGCACACCAGUGUUAGAUCGCAUGUGUGAAGAAAACGCAAUCAGCAUGCCAACUAUUAUGGGCUAUAAUUCCGCCGAAGGUAUUUCGUUAAUAGGAAGCUGGCUCGAAGAACUUGACAAGGUCGAUAAGGAUCUUGAACGUUUUCUUCCCCGUAAUAUACCAUUGCCGUUUGACCAUCCACAAAUGAAGGAAUUGACACACAAAUUACGAAAGGCAUAUUUUGGUGGCGGCAGAGUUACGCAUGAGAAUAUUCAAGGUUUAGCAGAUAUCCUGGCGGAUUACAUUUAUAUAUCCGGUAUAAAGUUAGCAACGAAAAUGCAUGCUACACAUCAACCAAACGCUCCACUUUACGCCUAUCGUUUUCACUACACCGGCGAACGUGAUGUUUUUAGAAUUACAACGAAGUUCGAACAUUUGAAAGGCGCUUGCCAUGGUGAUGAGCUCUUUUACAUCUUUCAAACAUUCGAUGACGAUGUAAGCAUAUUUGACCCAGCAGAUAUAAAAAUAAUAAAACAAAUAUGUGCGAUGUGGGCAAAUUUUGCCCGGCAUGGUGAUCCCACGCCAAAGGAUAGUGAUAUUACGAAGGAGCUCGGCUUCAGAUGGACACCUGUGCGGAAACCUAUUGGCGACGAUUCGGGACAGGAUUAUUUAAAUAUUGAUUAUCAAAGUGAAAUGAUACAGGAUCCUGAUAAGGCACGCGCAGAUUUUUGGUUUGACAUAUAUAAUGAAUACGCGCCGAGAGAUUACUCGAUUUUAAAUAAAUGUGAUUAAAUAAAUAUAUUUCUUUAUAUAAUCAAUAUAUGUACAUAUGUAUGUACAAUAUGUACGAGUAUAAUGCAUCCAAUAUAUGCACAUAUGUACUUAUUUUGAAUUUAAUUUUUCUCUGGCAGUAUUUAAGCUUAGGUUGCAAAUAAAACUUUCAAUUUUACUUA